AUGGUUCUGGUUCGCCGAUGUUUACCUUCCCGAAAAGCCAUUUUGGUCGGUCAAAACGUCUCCAAAGACAUCGAGUGGUUAGGUUUGCGCGAAGGCGAAGACUUCAAAGGCGUCGUCGAUUUGUGCGGCGUGUGGAGAACGUGGAAUCCAAAGUUUAAAACCUAUUCAGUGUUCUCGCAAGAUCAUCUGGUGAGGAGGUUACUGAAAGGCCAGCUGGAGUUGAGCGAGAAACACUGCGCGGAAGGCGAUAGCGUGAAAUCGAUGAAACUGUUUCAGUUGUGGAGAGAGUUACACCACGAGCCGGAGAAGUUGCAACGAGAGAAGGAGAAAUUGUUGGAAGGCGCACCAGAACCGAGUUUCGCGAAGAGGUUUCCAACUUUCGAGGGUGUGUGCAUGGGAAACAGGAAGACGUGCACGUGCGGAGCGCCUUUUUUUGGCUGA